AUGGCCUUUUUCAAAAAUUACCUUACAAACCUACGAGGAGCAUCAGAGAAGCUCCGAAUCUUCAACGCAGGCCUCAACAAACUAGACAUUUUCGAUGCAGCCAUUGAAGGGUGUACCUGGGUUUUUCACGUGGCUCACCCCAUGGAUGUCUCUGGAAAUGAAUCCGAAGAAACUGUAACCGAAAGAGCAGUGCAAGGUACACUAGCCAUCUUGAAGGCCUGCCUGAGUUCAAAGACAGUGAAGCGAGUUGUACACACUUCAAGUUCAGUGACUUGUACGUUCAACAGGAAGGAUCAGGGUGAGACUGAGGAGAGUACAUGGACUAAUAUUGAUUUCUACAAGUCUUUCGGCCCAUCAAUCAGUUCAUUUGUGUGUUCCAAGACCAAAACUGAAAGGGCAGCUCUGGAAUUUGCUGAGAAAAAUGGAUUGGAUCUUGUGACUCUGAUUCUUCCUGUAGUAUUUGGUCCCUUCAUUUGUCCCAAUCCACCUAAUUCUGUGCUCAUGGCAAUGGCUAUGAUUUUAGGUAAAGAGGAUUAUUAUAAAUUUAUUUUAAAUUCCAAUUUUGUGUACGUAGACGAUGUGGCUAGUGCAUAUAUAUUCCUUCUUGAGCAUCCUGAUGCCAAAGGAAGGUACAUUUGUUCAUCAAACGUGAUAACACUGCACAAGAUGGCUGAGUUUCUUUCAGCCAAAUACCCUGAAUUUCAGAUUCCCACAGCAGAUGUUUUGGACAAAGUUGAAUAUUAUAUAUUUCCCAGCCUCUCAUCAAAGAAGCUUUUAGAUUCUGGAUUCAGGUUUAAGUAUGGUCUCGAUGGAAUGUUUGAGGGAGCAAUUCAAUGUUUUAGAGAAAAAGGUUUGAUCUAG